AUGCUUUCUACACCAUCAGCACCCCCCACUGUACCCAAUGAUUUCUCUACUAUGCCCCCUCGGAACGCUGAGCUGGACGAGACAUGGGCUUACCUCAACCAAGGUGUUGAUCACAUCAUGAAUAACUUGGAGAAGGGGUUGUCGUUUGCGGGGUAUACCAGUCUUUAUACCACGGUCUACAACUAUUGUACUUCUACGAAAAUGCAUGGAAGACUCGAUGGCAACCGCUCCGGCGCUAAUCUCGUGGGUUCUGAUCUAUACAACAAGCUCAGCCUGUAUUUUGUAGAUCAUUUUAAGCCCAUGUUACAGAAAGCAGCCACUUUGUCAGACGAGGAUCUCUUACGAUAUUACGCCACAGAAUGGCAUCGUUACACCACCGGCGCUAACUAUCUUAAUCGAUUGUUUACAUAUCUUAAUAGAUACUGGGUGAAGAGAGAACGAGACGAGGGGAAGAAGGGGAUUUUCCAAGUCUACACGCUCGCUCUAGCACAAUGGAAGGAGUAUUUCUUCAUGCCGAUUCAGAGAGACAAUUCAAAAUUGUCAUCUGCCACACUCCGUCUUAUCACUCAGCAGCGAGACGGCGAAACCAUUGAUCAAGGCCUUGUGAAGAAGGUCGUCGAUUCCUUCGUUUCGCUAGGACUGGACAUAACCGACCCCAAUAAGGAGUGUCUAGAUGUCUACAAGGACCAGUUUGAGACAGCAUUCAUUGCCGCGACUGAGCAAUACUACAAGAAGGAGUCAGAGACGUUCCUUGCUGAGAACUCGGUGCCCGACUACCUGAAGAAGGCUGAAGAGCGAUUACGAGAGGAAGAGACUCGUGUCGAGCGUUACUUGCAUAACAAAACUCGUAAAGAGCUUAUUAGCAAGUGCGAGCACGUUCUGAUUCGUGAACAUGGCGAGCUCAUGUGGGAGAGCUUCCAGAAUCUCCUCGAUUUCGACAAGGACGAGGAUUUGCAACGCAUGUACUCUCUCCUCUCGCGUAUUCCCGAAGGCCUUGAGCCCCUAAGGAAGAGAUUUGAGUCACACGUCAAACAGGCAGGCUUGGCUGCCAUUUCAAAGCUUGUUGGUGCAGAUAGCGCGAACAUAGAUUCCCUGGAUCCUAAGGCGUACGUGGACGCAUUAUUGGAAGUUCAUCAGAAGAACUCCGAGAUCGUCAACAGAAGCUUUAAAGGGGAGGCUGGUUUCGCGGCCAGCCUGGACAAAGCCUGCCGUGAAUUUGUAAACCGCAACGAUGCCACCGGCACGUCAUCCACCAAAUCGCCAGAGCUCAUCGCGAAGCAUGCAGACUUGCUUCUUCGAAAAAACAACAAGAUGGCCGAAGAAAACGACUUGGAAUCUGCGCUGAACCGCGUUAUGAUUCUCUUCAAAUACCUCGAGGAUAAGGAUGUUUUCCAGACAUUCUACACUACAAAACUUUCCAAGCGUCUCAUCCAUGGUGUCUCGGCCUCCGACGAGAGCGAGGAAAGUAUGAUAUCGAAGUUGAAAGAAGCUUGUGGUUUCGAAUACACCAACAAACUCCAGCGCAUGUUCACAGAUAUGAACCUGAGCAGAGAUCUUACCGACUCCUUCAAAGAACGCAUGUCGCAGAACCACGACGACAUGGACAUCAAUUUCAGCAUCAUGGUUCUGGGCACCAACUUCUGGCCCCUGAACCCUCCUCCGCACGAAUUUGUCAUCCCUGUUGAGAUUUUGCCUACAUACGACCGUUUCCAGAAGUACUACCAGACCAAACACUCCGGACGUAAGCUCACUUGGUUGUGGAACUAUUCCAAGAACGAGCUGCGCACGAACUACCUCAAUCAGAAGUACAUCCUCAUGACAAGCUCGUAUCAGAUGGCAGUACUUGUGCAGUACAACCACAAUGACACAAUGAGUCUGGAUGAGCUGGUUACUGCGACAUCUAUCACGAAGGACUUCCUGACGCAGGUUUUGGCUGUACUGGUUAAGGCGAAGAUUCUCAUCAAUGACGAGACAGAGCAAUACGAUUUGAACCCUAACUUCAAGUCGAAGAAGAUCCGUGUCAACUUGAAUCAGCCCAUUAAGGCUGAGGUUAAGGCAGAGUCUGCUGAUGUCCUAAAGGCCGUAGAUGAAGAUCGCAAAUAUGUCAUUCAAGCCACUAUUGUUCGAAUCAUGAAAGCAAGAAAGACCAUGAAGAAUCAAGCGCUGAUUCAAGAGGUCAUCUCGCAAAUCUCGCAACGCUUCGCCCCAAAGAUUCCCGAUAUCAAGAAAGCGAUCGAAACUCUUUUAGAGAAAGAAUAUAUGGAGCGUGUUGAGGGCUCGAAAGAUACUUUCGCGUACAUCGCCUAA